CCGCGCCUGCACGUGGUCAAGGUUCAACUCAAGGGCGCCAAGAAUCGAAGGACAAUCCUCACAUUCGGCUUCCCGGAGGCCCAGUUUUAUCGCUGUCAACCGCCUACCAGAACGAGGAGGUUGAAAUUAUUGCUAAUUUUUCAGGACUUGGCUCUUAAAAAUGGUUUCAUCACAGCUUUGAAGAUUAAGCAUAAUCCUUUCGCGAAAGCUUUCCUGGAUGCCAAAGAAAGGCCUGAUCAAAGAGAUUACGCAGAUGAUUCAGCAUACGAGCAAGAGCGAGGCUUCUCACAUUUCGCUGCAUCCUGGUACCUACCGUCGACCCCCCACUCCCUGAUCCCACCUCCCGCCCAUCAGUUCCCUCCUGCAUCUAGGCCUGGGGGACUCCCAGUUUUUCUUAUUUCCACAGGUUAUCCCUGCGACGUCAGUUCCAACCUCCAAGUAUUAAAUUUAGCGUCAGACAAUUGGAGCAAUAUGUCAAUGGGCGGUCAUAGCAUGCUUCCCGCCUCCCACGCUUCUCAUGGCCAAUACGGAGUGCUGAUGAGUGCGGUUGGCAACAUGUCACCCAAUCAAAACUGUGGAAUGUCAACAUAUCUUCGUAGCUCCACCCCUUAUUCACUUUCAACAUCUGCUGCAUCCAGUCCUGGAUUAGGAAAUAUGGCACCGGUAAGGAUGAUACUAUUACAUUGUUUCCCCGUGUAG